GCUGAGCGGAGGAAGGUAUCCUGGAGGAGCACACCAGAUGAUGGAAUUUCUCCCAGAGACCACAACUGCGCGUCCACAACUGUCUCCCUCCGAAAUUAGAUAAGAGAGAAGCGCCAGGAGGUUACAGCCGGGAAGAUGUUCUGCGCCAAGCUGAAAGAGCUGAAGAUAUCCGGAGAGUGUCCGUUCUCCGCCAGCGCCAAAAAUAAUGAGCUCGGAGACUUUGAGGAGCGCUCAACUGACACGGCAGAUUUAUUGCCUAUUUCUAAGGACGUGCAUGGAAAAACAGGUGAGGGUCUACCUCGAAAGAAGACAAGCAGAACCAAAGUUAACCUGCAUACACUUGGGGAUAGCAUCCGAAAAUUGGCGUGUCCAGAGUUUCAAAGGCUGCACGCUGCCCUCCAACGAAUGACGACACUAUCAGAUCACGGCAGGGACUCUGAAAGUCUAGCAGUUUCCUGUACACACUAUCAGAGUUGCAGCAAUGAACCAGAGCAUUUAGUAGAGAUGAUGAACGUUCACUCAGUCAAAACAGGAAUCCCAAUGGAAGCUUUAAAAAUUGCUCUCGGUGAGGCGAUCUUUAAUAUGUGUUAUGAGGAGGACAGACACAUUUUGACGGUGGUGGGGGGAGCGCUUCACGACUUCCUCAACAGCUUCAAUGUCUUGUUGAAACAGAGCAGCAUGCUGCCCGACCCGGAUAGAGAAGAUUGUGUAAACGAACCUUCAGUGCUCUGCUUAGACAAGGAUCCGGGUCUGCUUACUGUCUAUUUCUUCAACCCUUGCACGACCACUGAGCUCUUUUUCCCUGGAGUCAUUAAAGCUGCAGCCCGCCUGCUCUACAGCACCACUGUGGAUGUGCUGAUGGACCCCCAACAUGGCAGAGACAGCAUCUUGCAGUCUAGCCCGCAAUCCAGUCUCCUGUACACGGUUGUUGUUAAAGAUACUAAAAAUCUGAGUCCCAGUCCGCUGCGGGCUGCCUCAGCUGGGACCCUUCCUACCUCUCUGUUCUCCACUAUCUUCCCUUUCCAUCUGAUACUUGAUCAGGAUCUGGUUCUGGUGCAAGUAGGACAUGGGCUCAGGAAGAGACUGAUCAGGAAGGAUGGACUGAGACGGUCUAGUACCUUCCAAGACCACUUCUCUAUUGUGUCUCCCCAGAUCAAAUGUACCUUUCAGGGUAUCCUUACCAUGCUAAAUGCACAGUUUAUCAUUCGGAUUAAGCAUGGAGUCUCCGCCACAGAUAACACAGGAAAGCACAUGGACCUUAAAGGUCAGAUGAUUUACGUUUCAGAGUCAAACGCCAUCUUGUUCUUGGGCUCACCAUGCGUGGACAAGCUGGAGGAGCUGACAGGGCGCGGCCUCUAUCUGUCAGACAUCCCUAUUCACAAUGCUCUCCGUGACGUAGUCCUGGUUGGCGAACAGACCAAAGCUCAGGACGGUUUGAAGAAGCGGUUGGGGAAGGCCAAGGCAGCCUUGGAGCAUGCACAUCAAGCUCUGGAGGAGGAAAAAAAGAAGACAGUGGAUCUCCUUUUUUCGAUCUUCCCUGGCACUGUGGCACAGCAGCUGUGGCAGGGAGAAACGGUCCAAGCCAAGAAGUUUGACCAAGUUACAAUGCUCUUCUCUGACAUUGUGGGCUUCACAGCUGUUUGCUCACUCUGUACACCAAUGCAAGUGAUCACCAUGCUCAAUGAGCUGUACACCAGGUUUGACCACCAAUGUGGAGAGCUUGAUGUGUAUAAGGUGGAGACCAUUGGUGAUGCAUACUGUGUAGCUGGUGGCUUACACAGGGAGAGUGACACUCAUGCUGUCCAAAUUGCACUCAUGGCUUUAAAGAUGAUGGAGCUUUCAGAUGAAGUUAUGACGCCAACUGGAGAACCAAUACAGAUGCGCAUUGGCCUCCACACUGGCUCAGUACUCGCCGGUGUAGUUGGGGUUAAGAUGCCACGCUACUGCCUUUUUGGGAACAAUGUCACAUUGGCCAACAAGUUUGAGUCAUGCAGCCAACCUAGAAAAAUCAACAUCAGCCCAACAACCCACAGAUUGCUGAAGGAUCGUCCAGAGUUUGCCUUUGUUCCCAGGAGCAGACAGGAGCUUCCGGCCAACUUUCCAGAAGACAUCCCUGGAGUUUGUUACUUUUUGGAGGCGCCCAUCAAAACCUCUAAACUGAAUAUGAAAUAAAGUCAUGCGGCAGAUCCCCAAAACAUUAGAUAUGGAGAAAUACAAACCUAUCUAGUGAACACAGUGCAACUACCUUGUAUAUCUUGGUUUUGGUUGAGUCGAUAUUGAUGAUAGUGUCUACAAGUCAAACUCUUGCAGUUGUUUAAUUACAGAGAUGUCAGUUUACUGUCAAACAUGAGUGUUGUCUCUGUACAAUGAUCCAUUUGUACAGUUGUUGUAGAAACACACUUCAUCUUUCUUCCAGAAUGAGUCAUCUGUGCAAACUGAUAUGAUAUAAAAGUAGCUUUCAUUUCUAGCUCCUGCCAGAGAUACAGAUAUGUUGUGAAGAGAAGACUGUGAGACUGUUGUUCUAAGACUGUUUCUGUACACUAAGAGAUAAAAGUAGUGUAAAAUGUACAGUAAAUGCAGCAACAAGCAUACAAAAUUCAGAAAACGAGUCAUUUAAGUUUUUAAUCU